AUGGACACCAUCAUGCGAGUUGUCGCUCGGGCGACUGUCCGCAUUUUCAUUGGCCUUCCCCUCUGCCAUCAUUGGAAAUUCUUGGACAUUAGCAUCAACUACACAACGGAUACAAUUAAGACUGGGCUUAUACUCAGCAUGGUACCUGUCCACCUCAAAUCGAUUGUGAACCACUUGAUCAAUAGCAACUACAAGACCAUUGACUGUGCACGUGCUUUGCUUGGUCCCACGAUUGAGAGGCGGAGAAGCAUGAUGGAACAAUAUGGAGAUGACUGGCCAGAUAAGCCUAAUGAUUUGCUCCAGUGGCUCAUGGAAGCUGCAGAAGGGAUCGAGCGGGAACCGAGGGCCCUGACCGCCUGUUUGCUCAUGGUUUGCUUUGCUGCCAUCCACACUUCUUCCAUGAGCUUCACUCAUGCUUUGUACCGCCUAGCCGUGCACCCAGAGCACUUGCAGCUGCUGCGGGAAGAAGUCGAAGCUAUUGUUACGGAAGACAGCUGGUCGAAAGGUUCACUGCAGAAGAUGCGCAAGAUUGAUAGCUUUCUGAAAGAGUCCCAGCGGGUCAAGGGUAUCAAUAGCAUACUUGUUGAAUGCAAAGCGCUGAAAGACUUUACCUUUUCUGACGGCAUGUUCAUCCUCAAAGGCAGCUACGUCUCGACCUCGAAGAUAGCAACGCACGACUGGCGCAAGUACUACAAUGGCCUGUGCACGAAGCACCAGAUGACCAACACAAGUAUGGAGUACCUUCCGUUUGGCAUUGGGAAGCACGCCUGCCCGGGAUGUUUCUACGCUGCGAACAAGAUGAAAAGUAUGAUGGCGCAUCUUGUGAUGAUGUACGACGUCCACAUGGAGAAGUCCGGAGAGGUCACACGCGCGUUCCAUUUUGGCUCUACCAUAUCGCCCAACCGAACAGCAAAGGUCUUGUUCAGGAAGCAGAAGGACUGA